ACUUUUUAUCUCACCGUCUUUUAUUUCGUCUUCCUCAUCUUUCUCGUCUCCGAACCUCUUUAAGCUAACCUCGUGGCUACACCUCAUGCAUACUGAGUUCCAAAACGCCUCCGAUGAAGUGAUCAACAAAUACCAUUCUCGUGGCAUUGAGUAUGCUCUCGAUGAGCUAGAAGCCUACCUUCAUUACCCUCUAAUCCCUCUGCAAAGAGAUUUUGAUAACCUCAUUAAUGCUAUUCCUGAUCCUUCUCGUCCAGUGUCUCUUUGGCAGAAUGUCAAGGCCCUCAGAAUGGAGCUAUUAAUGAGCAUCAAUUCUAUGCAGCUCAGUUUGAACGGAGGCCGUCGAAUGAUUCGAAGAAUCAAUAAUCCGGCGGAAACGGACGAAGAAAGCGUUGUUGCCGACGAGCGUGACAACACCGAUCGUCAAGAAGCAAGUAUAGAUCAGAGAACAAUUGCGGCAAUAGAAAAACUAAGACCCAAAUUGCAGAGAACGCCUCGCAAACAACUUCCCCCUAGAAGACCCACAUGUGCAACGGGACAUGAUAAUCUGACAGAGUCGAGCUUUUAGGGUACAAGGAAAAGGGUUUGACGUGGAAAUGGUGGAACGUGAUUGGUUUGGUAGUGAGCCUACUCACGUGUUUCAUGUUUCCAUAAAAAAACUUGUGUGCAGUUAUGCACAGUUUGUUCGGUUUUUUUUUCGCUAUUGGUUCAUAAAAAUGCUUGUCGUUUCAAUAAAUUGCGCAGACAAUU